GCGCUUCAUUACUAGUUGGUGGUCUAUACACAUAUGAUAUAUUUGCCGCUAUCCCAUGUUGUACAGCUCAUUUAACUUGUGGUUCAUGUCAAUCACGUUUAGAUAAUCUGUCCAUGGAAUCCAAUUUAAACUCCACGUCAACAUCAUCUCCGAUGUCAGCUUCAACAACAGCAUCAACAACAACCCCAACAGCAACAUCCCAAUUUACAUCUAAUUCACUACCUCAUCAUCAACACUAUCAGGAUUCUCCUACACCUCCUCCUCCGCCUGCUCAUCUUCAAUCAGUCAAUACAAACAAUGAAACACCUGAUCCAUCCAAUAAUCUCACUAUUCAUUCAUAUCCUUUAAAUUAUUUUAGUCAAUAUAGUAAUUUAAUCAUUUGUCCAUAUUGUUCUAAAGUAGAUUAUCAUUUUGUGAAAUUAUUUGAAGAUUUUUAUGAAGUCGUCUAA